UGGACCUCCCACUUUUCUGCCAAGGGUUCGUCUCCCCGCGCCGGACAGCAACACGGUGUGGAUCCCGCCUGUGUCGCGGCGGCAAUGUCCGGUACCCGGAGGUGAGCUGGGGAAAGGCCUUAAAGGUGGAGCUGCACUAAUGGACCAUUCGGAAUUGUUCGAGAGCGUGCGGGACGCGGUGGGGCGUGGGGUCAAGCUGACCCUGAGGCGCAAGGUGCAGCUGGAGGUCAAAGGUGACAAGGUGGAAAACAAAGUGCUGGCCUUAGCAUCACAUCGAGCCUUCCUGCUGUCAGCACGCAUACCCUCCAAGGUGGAGCAGUCCCUCAGCUACCUGGACAUCCAAGGUAUCCAUAGCAACAAGGCCAGGCAGGUGGUGCUGGAGUGUGAGCGGGGCCCGUGGACACUGCGGUUGAGCUCGCUGGAGGACGUGGAUGAGGUGAUCACUCAUAUCGGGUUCUGUCUGCUGAGGAUCUGCCCGGCCAUGAAGCUGAUAAAGAAGGUGAGCGUGAAGCCUCCGGAGCGAGCCGCCGCCUUGUGCGCCGUCUGGGAGCAGCAGGACUCGCUGGACCUGGGACCUUGUGGAGGAUUCUCUCAUCAGUACCGCUGCGUGUGCGAGCACCUCAACCUACCCUACAGGGACGAGGUCCAGUGGGAUGUGGACACCAUCUACCUGAGCCAGGACACCAGAGAACUCAACCUGCAGGACUUCAGUCACCUGGACAGCAGGGAUCUGGUGGCCAUCGUGGGCGUGUUGGAGUUCAACCAGUGGUUCACCAAGUUGGUCUCCAAGGACGUCAAACUGUCCACAGAAGUGUGCGAGCAGAUCCUGCGAGUCCUAUCCCGAUCCGAUCGGCUGGAGGAGCUGGUUCUGGACAAUGCUGGGCUGAGAAGCGACUUUGCUCACAAGAUGUCCUUGGCGUUGUCCCAUAACCCUGCCUCCUCGCUGCACACGCUCAUCCUCAGCAACAAUGCUCUAGAAGACAAAGGUGUGUGUGCUCUAAGUGGUCAGCUGACCAAACUUGCAACAGGUCUGAAGCAGUUGAACCUCAGCAGGAACUCCUUGUCUCCCAAAGGCAUCAACUUCCUGUGUCAGGCGCUGUGUGCGAACCCCAGCAUGGCCACCACCCUCACACACUUGGAGCUGUCGGGAAACUCGCUCAGAGGAGACGACCUGCAGAACCUACACAGCUUUCUGAGUCAUGACAACCACUUACAACGUCUAGAUUUGUCCUGCAGUGACUGCUCACUGGAGCAGACAUCAGCGUCUCUGCUCAAAGGAUGUUUGAAGCGUCUCAGCGUCCUCAACAUGUCAAAGACCGUCUUCUCUCACAGGAUGAAGGGGGUGGAGAUGGAACGGUGGUGUAAAGCUGCAAGAGUAACAUGUGUGGACAGGAAGUGCAAAGAGGUUCCCCCAUCCUUCAAACAGUUCUUCAGCUCAUCUCUGGCUCUGACCGCGGUCAACGUGUCGGGAACCAGACUUCCUGCGGAAGCGCUCAAGGCGCUGCUGCUGGGUCUGGGCUGCAACCCCAACCUCAGCGACGUGUCUCUGGAUUUGAGCAGCUGUGAGUUGCGCUCGUCAGGCUCUCAGAUCCUGGAGGGCUGCAUCGCUGAGAUUCCCAACAUCUCCAGUCUGGACAUCUCAGACAACGGUCUGGAUGGGGACCUGAGCACACUGCUGGUCUGGCUGGCUAAGAACCGCUCGGUCCGCCACCUUUCACUGGGAAGGAACUUCCAGAACAUCAAGUCAAAGAAUGUGGCUCCGGUCCUGGACAACCUGGUCCACAUGAUCCAGGAGGAAGAGUCACCGCUGACCUCUCUGUCACUGGCAGAUUCAAAGCUGAAGGGCGAGCUCACCAUCGUCCUCAAUGCCCUGGGCAGCAACGCCUCUCUCACCAAGCUGGACAUCAGUGGGAACGCCAUGGGCGACAUGGGCGCCAAGAUGUUGGCCAAGGCACUACAGAUUAACACCAAGCUCAGGACACUCAUCUGGGACAGAAACAACACCAGCCCUCAAGGUCUGCAGGAAGUGGCAUCCGCGUUGGAGAAGAACUUCACCAUCCGAUUCAUGCCGAUUCCCAUCGUUGAUGCUGCUCAGGCGCUCAAGACCAACCCGGAAAAGACGGAAGAUGCCCUGCUGAAGAUGGAGCACUUCCUGCUGAGGAAUCAUGAAACCCGGAAGUACCUCCAGGAGCAGGCGUACCGGCUGCAGCAGGGCAUCGUCACCAGCACCACGCAACAGAUGGUGGACACCAUGUGUGUGAAGGUUCAGGAUCACCUGAACUCACUGAUGUUCUCCCAGAACCACGUGGUCCAGGACGACAUGAAGGUGGCAGAGAAUCUGAUGAAAGAUGCCAGGAACUCCAAGACCCUGCUCCCCAGCCUCUACCAUGUGAAGGGCGGCGCCCUACACGGUGCCAUCCAGGACAAACUGGAAGCGCUGGCAGGAGAGGUGGCAGCCACAAUGGAUGAUGAGUUGCAGAUGAUGCUGGCAUCCAUGUUGGACACCGCUGAGUGUCUGUGUCCUCACGUGAUUAAGAGGAGUGGCCUUCGUCAGGAGCUGCUGAGGGCGGGGGCCGAGAGGAUGGUCGUCCCUUGCAGCUUUGUCACCGCCACGCUGCUGGAGCAGUCGGGCGUCGAUAUCGUUAACAAAAUCAGUGAAGUGAAACUCAGUGCGGCGUCCUUCGUCUCCGAUCGUAUUGUGGACGAGAUCCUGGACUCUUUGUCUACAUGGCAGCACACGCUGGCUGAGCAUGUGACCAGGAAAGGCCAGCCCGCACUGCGUCCCGAGUCUCAGGAGACGGAGGUUCUAGAUGAGACGGUUCUGCAUCCAGAGAGCAUCGAGGAGGAAGGCGACCGUCACCUGGAGGACGCAGACACUUGCAUGAUGACGGCUAAGUCCAAGAGGAAGAGUAUUCUGGUCCGGAUGCUGCGGCCCAUUUCGGUGGCGUUUGAGAUGGAGUUUGACCUGGACAAGGCUCUGGAGGAGGUGCCCAUCCAUGUGGUUGACCAGCCUCCCUCCCAGCUGGAAAAAAUGUCUCUGCCCUCAUCCGUCCCUGCUGUGGAGGAGCGGCCCCCCCUGGAGCACCAGACACUGCAGCAUCACACCAAAGUGCGGCCCAGGGUCAAGAAGAGGAACAAACCCAGCAGAGCCGCCCACGCCACAGCCAGUUCAGCACCCGAGGGGGCGGAGCAUCAGGGCAUCAUGGCAAAGCUUGACGAGGGCGUGGAGGAGUUCUUCUCCAAGAACAUCAUGAAAGUCAACUUCAAACGUCCCAUCGCACAAGUGACGCCAUCGAGCACGCAGGAGGCGCCUGAAAAGAAGCGGGAAUCCAGGAGGAGUGGUUUCUUCAACCUGAUCAAAUCUCGGACGUCCCGAUCAGAGAAGAGCCACGGGAUGGCCUCAGUCAGUCCGCCCCCGCCAGUGUCCCCCACCUUUGCUCCGCCCUUAUCCUCUGUCAACAAGGAGCUUCCACCCAUGUCCCCUGUGGCGCCACAUGUGGACCACAGCUAUUCCGACACCGACACCUCCCCGCCUUCUGCUGGAGUGGCCGAGGAGGAGGAAGAGAGCGAGGACAACGUGGAGACGGACCACCCCGCCAUCCCGCGUCACCUUGGCAUUCCUGUCAUGGCCUUUGACCUUCUGGCUGAGAUGAAGGCACGACAAGAGAAGAUGGCGGCUCAGAAGUCGUCCUCCAGAGAAGAUGGACACGUGGAUGCCGCUCAACCUGGACCAGUGGCCGCCCCCAGGUCCAACGCCCCCCCUAUCAUCCCCAAACCGGCCCCCCCCCAGCUCUGCAAACCCCUGUUGGAGGAACAGGAAGUGUGUUGCACUGACGUCCUGCUAGAGUGUUCCACUUCUGAAGCUCUCAAAGGUCCAAUUCCUGCUCCUCGCCUGAAGAGAGCACCGUCUGCGCCGGAACCCGAGUGCCAGGAUGGAGGUGCUGAUGAAGUAUUGGGUUCUUCUGAGGAGGUUUUGGAUCUUCCCGCCUCACGGUGCGGCCCCGGUGGGGGCGACACGGCGUGGUCGUCGCUGAAGAGGUGUGCCCGCCCUCCGUCGAGGUGUGAAGAUGAGCGGGAACGAGCCAAGUCCCUCCCCACUGAUGCGCGGAACCCUCAGGCUUCCUAUGGGAGACGUGCUUCUGAGGAGGAGGCGCCGAGGUCGGCUGACAACCAAUCAGAGGCCACUCCUGAUGACGGCGUCCGUCAAGUCUGAGUCCGAGUCGCCUCGCUUGAUUGAGCUUCCUGUCACAUGACCCGGCUCUUCCUUUCAGCUUUUCUUAAUACUUCAGUACUUUUAUCUUGCCAUAAAUUGUUUGUCAUUGGUGUGUAUUCCUAUUGUUACACCAUUUCCAAAAGUACACAAAUAAAUACGCUAAG